UUAGAUUGCUUUUAUUUUCACGGUGUUUUCGAGGGUGGCACAUAAACACAUGUAUUUAUUUGUUUCAGUAAUAUGGAAAACUGCAUGAAAUCGUUGAAACGAAUGCUUUGCCUUGAGUGCUGUGAUACCAAUACUAGAAGAAAGCCAGAAAUAAUCAUAAUUGUCAGUUUUAUUAUUAUGAUGAUCGUUGGAUUUGUUCAAUUGGGAAUUGGGCUCGCUUCUGUCGUCGAGGGGAGCGCCGUAUCUAUUCUUUCAGGAAUUUUAUCACUGAAUACAUUCGGAAUAUGCAUGGUUAUAGGAGGUGUCCUACUUUCCCUGCUUAGUCUCCUUACUCUAAAGACGAUAAUAACUACAACGGACACAUUAAAUCUGAGUAUGACUGGACUUCGUACCCUACUUAUCGGGUACAUUUACAUUUUGUUAUUUGCUGGAGCAUCGGCUAUUAUUGUCUCGGAGUUUACGAACCAAGACUUUGUCAGUAAAGUUAUUCUCGGAAUAAACGACACUUUAACUGGACACACAGUAAGCUCUGGAUGGUCAGAAAUGCAGGAACGCUGGGAAUGCUGUGGUACUACUUCAUAUACAGACUGGAAGUACAGUAAAUGGGCAAAAAAUAUCUACAGAACUAAUAACCUAAAUAGUUCCUAUGCUGUACUACCAAACUCAUGCCUUAUUGACUUUCGAAGCAAACGACAUUGCGUUGCACUCGUUGGCAGAAAAGUUGCAAAUGGCGAAGGAUAUGUCGUCUUGUCAGGUAUAAAACCACUGAUAGACUGCGCUUUUAGCUUUAAUCCACGAUAUGAGUAUAUAUACGCGACAACUUGCGCUACUUAUUAUGUACCAUACCUUACAUCUCUAAUGAGAAGCAUGCUAAUUACUGAUCUUUGCUUGCUUUUUGUUGUUUUUUUGCUCUUUAUUCUGCUUUAUAAUGUGGCUUCACAUCUCCCAAGCCGCCAACGGGUUGCAGCAUAUUCUGUACAGACAUGACAAAUUGAUAUUUUAAUUUUUAAGUGAAACACUUUUUGUUACCACACUUCAUGGAAACUACAGCUGUGACUGUGAUUUAAAUGCCUUUAAAAGCAGAAAUCACAUUUUUAUGCACUUUUAUACAAAUCACUGUGUAUAGAAUAGGAGUUCCAGUUUAAUAUACCGUCAAAAGCAUUGAUUCACUGUUAAUAUGUUGCAAUUGCAUCUUUUUUUAGUCUUGAGUAAUCUAUAAAAGCAUGUUAUUC